AUGGUGAAAGCUGGAACGCUGCAAGUCGCGUGGCAUGAUGGCCGCCCCGUUAACAGCAUUGACUUCCACCGAUUUGGAUGCCUUGCUACGGGAGGGGGGGACAACUGCAUCAGGUUGUGGAAGGUCCAACAGACUGCCGAUGGCAUCCCUGCGGUGAAGCUGAUGGGGGAGCUGCACCAGCACGCAAGCCCCGUGAACUGCGUUCGGUUCUCACCAAAUGGCGAAAAGCUUGCUUCUGCGGGUGAUAAGGGGGAGCUCCUGAUCUGGAAAGCAACUGCCAAAGACAACCACGAUGACAGCAGGAAAAGCAAACUGUGGAAGCCUUCUGCUGUGUUGAGGGGUCAUCUUGAUGACAUCUUUGACAUUGCAUGGUCCUCCGAUUCCACUGCUUUGGCCUCUGCAUCUGUGGAGCACAUCAUGAUCGUCUGGGACGUCGAUCAGGCAAAAGUGAAGGCUAGACUCGAUGGACACAAGCAUUAUAUCCAAGGAGUGGCGUGGGACCCUGCCAACCAGUUCCUGGUAUCCCAGAGUGGAGAUCGCACUUGCCGUGUGUAUGGAAGGCCGCCAUUGUUGAAGCAGACCAAGGCAUCGGCAGCAAAGACGGCAGGGCACUGGAUGCAAGAGAGGCUGCUAUACAAAAGACCAUCUGCAGGCAUGAACAAUGAGGAUGGGCAGGCAUGUAACACAUUCCUGUUUCACGAUGACACACUGCCCAGCUUGUUCAGGCGGCUAGCAUGGUCACCAGAAGGUUCCUUUUUGGUGCUCCCUGCUGGUGUGCACAAUGAAUCCUCCAGGACCAUGCAUACAGCUUACAUAUAUGGGCGUGGAAAAUGGUCGAUGCCUGCUGGCCAACUGCUGGGCCUGCAGGAACCUUUUUCAGCCAUACGGUUCUGCCCCAUUUUCUUCAAGCGAAAUGAGGGCAGCAAACAGAGCCAGGACAGAGCAUUUCCUUGUGGUUUUGCGCAACCCUACAAGCUCGUCUUUGCUGCUGCUGCAGAGCAUAGCGUGGCAAUUUAUAGCACAGAGGAAGCAGAACCAGUGUGCGUGCUGGAUUCCAUUCACCAUGCUGAAAUCACUGACCUAGCUUGGUCGCCAGAUGGGCAGUAUCUGGCAGUCUCGUCAAGGGAUGGCAACUGCAGCAUUGCAGCCUUUGAGGAUGGCGAACUUGGGACCCCCAAUCCGCAGGAAAACAUGCCUCCAGUGGAGAAUUGGUGCACAGGGCCUGUUCAAAGUCAGUUAACAGUUUCCAAGAAACGUGGAGUGAAAAGAUCUGCUGAUCAGGGUGCAGACAGCCAUUCUGUGGACAGGCAAUCAGGUGCUAAUGCAACUCACCCCAGAUUCAAAACAAGACUUGGUAAGCCAACAUCCUCCCAGGAGGGACAGAAAGCUCACUGUGACCUUCCUGUGCACAAGAAGGCUGUUGAGAGUGCGGAGUUGAUCAGUGCAGCCACUGCACAAGGGGAAGGAAGUCAUAAGCUGAAUGGUCAGGGGUGGGAUCCAAUGGCUGGAGACACAGGCCAGCAUGAAGGGUUUAUCAUGGGGGGCAGUGCGCUACAGUUGUGUGGUGCUGUGCAUGCUGAUUUCGAGGUCAGCACAAGCCGGACUGAGCUCUUGUCCGCAGCUGGACAAGGAAUCCAGGUCACAGCUCCUGUCAGAAAUAGUCACAAGCCAGAAGGAGCCAGGGGGGGAGUGAUGCCAGCAGUGAUGUGUGUGGGCAAGGUCCAAAGGGAAAAAUGCCUGGUGAGUGGCUUGAAUUACGAACAGAUAGACACCAUUGGAGCCCAGGAUGCAAGCAGCGAACCCAAAGUUGGUGAGCUGAAGAAUGCCACCAGUCCUCCGCCAACACAGACGUCCCCAAUGCAGUUGACCACCCAUGAGUCCCUGGGGCGCUGUUGUAACGGAGGGCCUUCCUCCUCUAGCCUGUCCCACACAGCGGCAAACAGCCAGCUGCACCCAGACUGCCUGACUGCUCCCGUGAAUCACAUACGGACGAUUGCUGAAUUUGAUUCUGGAGGUGAAGCCUGGCUCAGUUGUCACAGCUAUGGUGAGGAAGCUCACAGGGUGAGUGAAGCACCAGAGGGGGCCAGGGUGAGGAUCAUGCCAGCACCACUUCUUUAUGGUGACCAAGAAAAAUGGCAUCGUGAACCAGAGACAGGAAGGGGUCCCCUCUGCUAUGGACAUUCCUCUGCAGGCCCAGAUGUGGCUCCAACAAUCAGUUUUGGGGGCCAAGGAGCAUUGCUAGGCAUUCCAGGCGCUGCAAAGCUUAUGACAGAGGCAGCAGUCUGUGCAGAGUCAUUGUUUCCAGACUCAUACUUGGGCACCAGCGAGCACCACAUAGCCAGGGAGGAGAUCCCAUUCGUUGCCCUGAUGACAAAAGGUUCUGCGUACAGUGCAUGGGCCAACAACCAGAACAGAAAAGCAAGCAGGAACCCCGAUAUGCAAUGUGAGGGGAAAACACACCAUCGUGAACCAAAGGGGGAUGCCGCUGCUGGUGGCAUGCAAGUUCCCUGGCCGUUGUCCCCAAUACAAUUGACCACGCAAGAGUCGCUGGGGAGCCUGGGGCACUCUACUGAUGGGCAGGUCCUUUCAGACGGUAAAUCCAGCAACCCAGCCAUAGCGAGGCUGCCACAGACGAGUAGCGGAACUGCUGCACGUGCCCAAUCUGCAGCAGCAGAUGUUCCAGGUGGUGCUGCUCUCCAGGAUCCAUUGCUGGCGAUCGCAGGAGCUGAGGCUGGGCUUGCCCACCCUGCUGAAGGCGAUGGCUGCCAUGUGAACCUGCAGCACAUAGUCAAGGGUGCAACUGAUGAACGUCAAGCCAAGGGCAAGUAUGGAAGACAAAAUGAUGGCCUGAGGGCAUUCAGCCCCUGGACUACAGACUUUGAAAGCAGAGCCACUACCAAUGGCUGGUCUUGUAGAACGCCAAUGCCCUUUGGGUUUGAGGCUUCACCACGCAAACCUCCAGUGAACAAUACAAGUUCGCCGGGCCCAGUGCGCAAGCUGGAUUUUGGAGAGUGCUUCAGCGAUGACAGCAUCAGCUCAGGUUCCGAGAUCACCACCCGACUUCACGCAAAUGCUGAGAAGGCCAAAGCCUCACUAUAG